UCCUUGCUCUUCUUUCACCAAGGACAGCGCAACCGCAACAGAGCCGCGAAAAGGGGCGCCAAAAUUGCUGUGCUCGGAACUUUUGUUCUUCGUCUAGCAGAUGGCCAACAAUCUCAUUGACUCGGAUAUUUCGCAAGAACUUGAGUUCCUGGAAGGUCAGGAUGAAGAGUACUCUUCAACGGCUCAGGUCGUACGGAAACUUCAAGAGUGUUGGAUGAAUGAGACCUUUGCGCCCGAGCUGCUGCCUUAUCAAGAAGGCAUCGUCGACUGCCUGUUAGAUCAGCUGAAUCACAUGGAGGAAAACCUUCGUGCCGUGAGCAGAGCAGACUUUAGGUCGGUCAUACACAGAAUGGAGCUCGAUCGACUGCAGUACGUGCUCACCAGCUAUCUCAAGGUGCGUCUAGAAAAGGUGGAAAAACAGGCAGCUUUCCUGCAAAGACAGCUGGAAGAUAAUGAACAUGUUGACUAUUUAUCAUUGGAAGAGAAGCAAUACGUGCAGGCGUACGUGACCAGCAUAGAGGAUUACCUGCGUGGUGCUGCACUUGCACACAUGCCUCGGAACCAGCAAGCACUGCAACUGAGCACCCUCGGGCGAGGACCCCGUUUGGAUCGGCCGGUAUUUCUCCGAGCGGAACGUAACAUCACCGGGCUGUUGGUGGAGGAAGGAACCGGAGACGGGAGGGACAGUGAAAUUGUUGACCUCGAUAAGUGGUCCCAGUACCUCCUCAUGUAUCGGCCCGUCGCGCCCUACGUCAGGAACGGAUCGGUUGUACUCAUCUGACUUGUGUU